AUGAAUCUGUUCAAAGGCAAAGCCGCGGGCGGCGCCUGCCAGACGAUUGCGCAGGAUCUUGUUCUCAUCGGAGGCGGGCACGCGCAUAUUUUUUUGCUGAAGCAGUGGGAAGAGCGUCCUGUGAGGCGCGUCAGGCUCACGCUCGUCGCCCCCGAGAUUGACACGCCCUACAGCCCGAUGGUACCAGGAUUUGUCUCUGGGGCGUAUUCGUGGGACCAGUGCCAGGUCGACCUGGUGCGCCUCUGCCAGAAGGCGAAUGCGCGCUUCGUUCGCGCCUCCGCGAUCGGAGUUGACCGCGAGAAGCAAGUCAUUUUCUGCGACGACGGCCGCCCACCUCUCAGAUACGACAUCCUCUCCAUCGACACGGGGUCUGCGCCGACUGUCCCUGUCUCCGUCGAAGCGGACUCGGUGGAGGGCGCUGCGGCUCCGCUGUCUCCUUUCCCGGCUGGGGUCGCUCCUGUAAAGCCUGUGGAGCAGUUCUGCGAGCGCUGGCAAGCGGCCCUUAAGAGAAUUGAGGCGGCGGCGGCUGCCGCGUGGAGUCGCGAGCUGUGCGCGCCGCCGGGCUCCGCUGCCGAGGGCGAGAAGCGCCUGGAGAACGACGCUGAGAGCCAGGCGCCUCAGCAGGACGGAGAGGCUGGAGAGACGCGCGCGGAUGCAGUCGCCUGCCGCGUCUUCAACGUCGUCCUCGUCGGCGCGGGCGCGGUCGCUGUCGAACUGGCCUUCGCGAUGCAGGUCGCGGUGCAAGCGAAACUGGAACUUAUGAAGGCGGAGGCAGCGCUGGAGGUGAAGAAAGAAGACAACAGUGAAGCUUGUGAGCAAGUCAGGCAGCAACGCGCGAGCCAGGAUAAGCUUUUCCGCGUCGACUUUCAUAUCCUUGCAAAGUCCGAGACGCUUCUUCCCGAGUGCGCGCCGGCCAUCCAGAAGCGCGUCGCACGCCUCCUUGACGAGCGCGGAAUCGCGACACACCUGAACUGCGAGGCGUCCUCAGUCGCCGUCCAGCGCGCGGCCGUAGCAGACUCUGAGCAAAACGCAGAAAACUUGGAGGAGGACGGAGGAAAGGCAGUGGCAGGCGCGGAGAAAACUCAGAAAGCCGUCACGUGCGCCGAUGGCCGAGUGUUCGCCUUCGACGAGUGCUUCUGGUGCUGCGACGCUGCGCCGCAGCCUUGGCUUGUGAACACCGGGCUCGAGUUGACGUUGGAUGGCUUCCUCGCGGUCGACUCCACACUGCGCUCUGUCAAUACGCCGAACGUCUUCGCCGCAGGCGACGUAGCGGAGAUCGUCGGCGCGCCGGCACCGAAGCCUGGCGCCUUUUCGGCUCGCGCAGGCCCGCCGCUCAACACAAACCUUCGGCGCGUGUUGGCAGACGGCGAGGGCGCGCGGCUCUCUGCGUGGACGCCUGCGAAGCUCGAAGUGCCUUUCAUCGAUUGCGGAAACGGCUACGCUGUCGGCCUGAAGGGCGGCAUCGCCUUUGAAGGGGCCUUAGCCUGGAAUGUGAAGAGUCGCGAGGACCUUGCGUGGAUGAACUCGCUGCAGGAGGAUCUGUCGCCGCCGAGCGCGCCUCCGAGCGCCGCGCCGUCAAAGGCGCCGAGUGCAUCUCUGAGCAAGGCGAGCAUUGGCUCGUCAGGCGGUUCGCAGAGUUGGCUCGGCCGUUUCUUCUCCGCAGGAGGCUCCCGCGCUGCGACUUCGGCAGUCGCGCGGAAGGAGUCGCAGACGGGCGGCGCGACGCCGUCUCCGCCGCCCAAGGGCUCGCUCCUCGCGCUUCUGUCGCGCGUGAAGGACGACGCCAAGUCUGCUGAGAAGCCCGAGGAGGAAGACGAGAAGAUGAGCAAAGCCUGCGAGCUCCUGCUCCAGUACGUGAGGGAGCAGAAGCAGGCCGCGGAGAAGGCUAAUACGAAGGCGGGAUGCAAAGGCGGGGCGGGAGCCGCAUCCGGCGGACGCGCGCCGGCGCCGAAGCGGCGCUGCGGAGGCUGCGGCGCGAAAGUCCCUUCGACGGUGCUGAGGCACGCGAUGCAGGAGCUGCAACGCGACGACGCGUUUCAGAAUCGUCAGCACGAGUUGCUUCUCCAGCGACUGCGCGGCGAGAAGGCGGCAGACCAGCCGGCUGGCCUCGAAGGCCCGCUCGCGCUCAAGUCGUUCCGAGACUUGUCGCUCCCCGCCCUCCAGCAGCGCAUUGACAGAGAAGGCGGCUUCUUCCCGCCCCUGUUCAGCCGCAAGGAAGUGCUGCUUGGCCUCGAAGACGCCGACGACGGGUGCAUCUUCGCUGCGCGGCCGCUGAACAGCCAGCUCGACCACGACGACGGAAAGGAGCCCGAGCCCCUCCUUGUGCAAACAGUGGACUUCUUUAAAGUCUUCUACGACGACAGCUUCGUGAUGGGUCGCAUCGCAGCUACGCACGCUCUCUCGGACUGCUACGCCAUGGGCGCAGAGCCGCUGGUGGCGCUCCUGACGGCUGUUGUCCCUUAUUCUUCGGAGUCUGUGAUGGCGAAUAACCUGCUGCAGCUCUUGGGCGGCUGCUGCUCAGUCCUCGCGCGUGAGAACUGCCAGCUGGCUGGAGGCCACUCUGCGCAGGGCCGAGAUGCAUGCGCCGGCCUCACGGUGACGGGUCGAUUGGCUUUCCGCAAGCUCACCGAGAAGCCUGUAGAGGGCGCGUCCGAGGGCAGCGGCAAGCCAAAAGCUGCAAGCAGAAAGGCGAAGAAAGCGGCCACGAGCGCUGACGGCGGAGAGGGAGCGGAAGCGCAGGCGGCGGAGGCGGAGGACGGCGAAGGAAAGGCGCCAGAGACAUCGGUAGAUGCUGAGGAGCUGGAACGCGCGGCCUUCCUCGCUUCCCCCAGAUGCCUAGACGGCCUGAGAUAUCUGUCGAAGGGCACUGCGCUCGCGAAAGGAGGCGACGUCCUCAUCCUCACGAAGCCUCUCGGCAUCGGGUUCAUCAUGGCAGGGCACAUGGAAGGCAAAGCUCGAGGAAGGUGGGUUAUGGGAGCCCUCGACCUCAUGCAAGUCUCAAAUCGCGCCGCGGCGGAGAUUUUCAUGGAUUUCGGCGCUGUCGCGUGCACCGACAUCACAGGCUUCGGCGUCUUGGGGCACCUGCUGGAAAUGCUGCGGGCUUGCCGAAAAGAUCGCGUCAAGGCGAUGGAGAUGGUCGCGGCGCGCCGAGCGGAGGUCGCGGCAGGCCCGAAGGCUUGUGAAAACCAGCCAGAGGGCACGGAGACAUCGGAAGCAGACGCCUCGAGUUCGUCGUCGACUGCCUGCAACGGCAAGUUCCAGUCGCUGGUGUGCGCCCGCCUGUCACUCUCGUCCUUGCCUGUGCUUGAGGGAGCUGCAGAGCUGAUGGAGUUGGGCGUUCACUCUUCACUCUUCCCCUACAACGCGCGCUACUUUGACGCAGUCUCGCUCAAAACAAUGGACACAGCCGACGCGUCGGACUCUGCGGCGGCCGCGCAGGCCGUGCCCGCGGUGCUCCCCGCGAAGCUGCCUCUGAUCUUUGACCCGCAGACCUCUGGAGGCCUUUUGGCUGCUGUCCCCGCCGACCGCGCCGAGGAAUGCGUGCGUAGGCUGAGGGAGGAAGGAGGCUACCCCAGUGCCGUCGCCAUUGGCUCUCUCUUCGAAAGACAAACAUUCGUGCCCUGCACGCAAAAGGGAGCGAGCCAGGCGACGCAGCCGUGGGAGAAUGUGGUCGCCGCCGUCGAAUGCCUGUUUUGA